GGUCAACUUCCAUUACCUACUUUAUUGACUUAAGCUGUUCUUCUAUCACUGCGACUUUUCUGUAGUGACUUGUUCUACCGGCUGUCGGCACCACGAUCCUCGUUUUUCUUACGAAAUAUCUGCUACCAUGGGUUCUAUUCCCGCACAUUCUUCAGCGCCUGGCGAGAGCGAGAGCGAGAUGCUCUUCGCAGUUCGUCCGCCGAAGACGGACGUAGAAUGGAGCAAAAUCGGUUUUACGCCUUUCCAAGUAAACGGCCACAUCGAAUGCACAUUUACAGUCAAGUCCGGCACUUGGAGCCAACCGCGCUGGGUACAGGAGCCUUACCUAAGAGUUCACGGCCUGUCCCCGGCGCUUAAUUACGGGCAGCAAGCCUUUGAGGGGCUACGCGUCUUUCGCAGCGAGUCAGGCAGCGUCCAGCUUUUCCGGCUAGCGAGCCAUGCGGCCCGAUUCGCGCGGUCUGCCGCUGCCGUUGACAUUCCGGCCGUCCCGGCCGAUUUGUUUGCCAAAUCGGUGCGGUUGGCCGUUCAACUCAACAGCGAUUUUGUACCUCCGUUCGAGGGUGGGUGCUCCAUGUAUGUGCGCCCAGUCGUCUUUGCAAGCAGCCCGACUAUGAACAUGUACACGGCGGAGGAGUACACGUUCGCCGUCUUGGUCACGCCGGUCGGGCUGUUGUAUGGAGCAACGGGCCUCAAAGCAUUGGUUGUGGAGGGAUUCGAUCGUACGGCGCCGAAAGGCACCGGUGCCUUCAAAGUCGGUGGGAAUUAUGGGCCCACCAUUCCGAUAAUGGGACGGGCACGAAAGCAAGGUUACGGGUUGACACUCCACCUAGACGCCGAGACGCAGUCCUUCAUCCACGAGUUCUCUGCUAGCGGCUUUAUUGGAAUCAAGGCAGAAUCGGCUGUGACUGGAGCCCCGCCUACAAUGGUCAUCCCCAAAGACGAGCAUAUCCUCCCAAGUAUCACAGUUGACAGCGUGGGACAAAUUGCCCAGGAACUUGGAUGGAAGGUUGAGAAGCGUCCCGUAAGUUUUGAGUUUCUCGUUUGAUCCACCACCAUGAGCCAAUUGCUCUCUCAGCGUUCCAUUCCUCUCUUCAACGUUCCAUGUGGGGGAGGAGCGAGAUCUCGGCGGAAGUUUUUGAGUUUUAUGGGAGAUUACCGCUAAUAAUGUCCCGGCGUCAUGGCUUUAGAUCCCGUUCACAGAGCUUGGCGACUUUUCUGAGGUCUACACCGUCGGCACCGCAUCAUCGCUGGUGCCCGUAAGCGCCAUUGAGCGCGAGUCGACUGGCGAGCGGUUCGCGUUUACCGUCGAUGCGCAGUCUCCGCAAUCCGCUUAUGCCAGGUUGACAGACAGGUUGCAAGGAAUCAAGCGGGGCCUGUAUACAGAGCCGUGGGGUUGGGUGGAAGAACUCGAUGACGUUGCUUUGCGCAACGACAUUGAGCGGAUCACCAACACUGGGUCAGUGAAGUCUCCGGAGUAACUCUCGGUACCGAGGUCUUGAGGCGGCGAACGACUCACGUUUUUUGUUUUUGGAUUUAUAGGUAUCAUACGAAGCGGAUAGACCCCAACUGUGGCCAUUGGGCAGAGAUGGAUAGAGUUGCGCAUUGCUCAAGAUAGAUUGCUUUUCCAAGUCCAUCAGGGUCAUUCCGCUCGAAAUACGCAGUACGAAUACGUAUGGAGCUUUGCUGUGUGCUUUCGUUUCUUAAAAACCGGGCCGGUGGGCGUCCCCUUGAAACUUACCAAGGAGUGCUCCGUGUUGACUCCUGGUGGAAUCAAUAGAGGACUGGGUAAUAUAUCCUGAUUUCAGGAGGUGGAU